AUGCAGGUUUCUACGCAUGCUGUUCAAGGAAAUUUCUGCCUUGGACUACAAAACCGUAGGCUAUUGCCGAGCUCUUUAGGUUUCGCUGUUAGCGAGGUUCGGAUGAAAAAAAGGACCAGUUGCUUCGGAAUUGGCCUAGACUCAAUUGCUAUGGGAGCAAGGGGGAAUGUUAGAAGUGUGUUCGGAUCAUCGGCCAAGGCCAGAUCAGUCAGGGCUCAAGCUUAUGAAGGAGAUGUUGAGGAUGUUCCACCUGCCAAAAUCCAAGUGAAAUCAUCUGGAACUGUUCUGCCAUAUGUUGGCGUUGCUUGUUUGGGGGCCAUUCUUUUUGGAUAUCAUCUAGGGGUGGUUAAUGGUGCUCUAGAGUAUCUUGCCAAGGAUCUCGGAAUUGCUGAAAACACUGUGUUGCAAGGUUGGGUGGUUAGCACACUUCUUGCUGGUGCCACUGUCGGUUCAUUCACUGGGGGUUCUUUGGCUGAUAAAUUUGGGCGAACAAAGACUUUUCUGUUGGAUGCAAUUCCACUUGCAGUUGGAGCAUUUCUUUGUGCCACUGCGCAGAACGUAGAGACAAUGAUAAUUGGUCGCUUGCUGGCUGGAAUUGGAAUUGGUAUAUCGUCUGCUAUUGUGCCACUUUAUAUAUCUGAGAUCUCACCAACUGAAAUCCGCGGAACACUUGGAUCUGUAAACCAGCUAUUUAUAUGUAUUGGGAUUCUGGCAGCAUUGGUAGCUGGAUUGCCAUUAGCUGGAAAUCCUUUGUGGUGGAGGACGAUGUUUGGUGUUGCGCUUGUUCCAUCCAUAUUAUUGGCACUUGGAAUGGCUUUUUCUCCUGAAAGCCCGCGGUGGCUUUAUCAGCAAGGGAAAAUUUCUGAAGCUGAAGUGUCCAUCAGAAAGCUAUAUGGAAAAGAAAGGGUUGCUGAGGUUAUGAGUGAUUUGGAUGCAGCAGCUCGAGGUUCCUCUGAACCAGAAGCUGGGUGGUUUGAUCUUUUCAGUAGCCGCUACUGGAAAGUUGUUAGCGUUGGUGCAGCUCUCUUCUUGUUCCAGCAGCUUGCUGGGAUAAAUGCCGUAGUAUAUUAUUCUACUUCAGUUUUCCGCAGUGCUGGAAUUACAUCUGAUGUUGCUGCCAGUGCUCUAGUUGGGGCGGCAAAUGUUUUUGGGACAACCAUUGCGUCCUCCUUGAUGGAUAAGCAAGGAAGGAAAAGUCUUCUGCUUACAAGCUUUGCUGGCAUGGCUGUUUCAAUGUUGCUGCUUUCCUUAACCUUCACUUGGAAGACUCUGGCACCAUAUGCAGGCACCCUUGCCGUUCUUGGCACUGUUCUUUAUGUAUUAUCCUUCUCUCUUGGUGCUGGUCCCGUACCUGCUCUUCUGCUUCCAGAGAUUUUCGCCUCUAGAAUUAGAGCAAAAGCAGUGGCAUUGUCUUUGGGCAUGCAUUGGAUAUCAAAUUUCGUCAUUGGCCUGUACUUCUUGAGCGUUGUAACUAAGUUUGGAAUAAGUACAGUGUACCUGGGAUUUGCAUCUGUUUGUCUUCUAGCAGUUAUGUACAUAGCAGGUAACGUCGUGGAAACGAAGGGACGAUCACUGGAGGAAAUAGAGCGUGCUCUUAAUCCAGCUACUUGA